GGAACAAUCUGGAAAAAAAGCUGUAAAAUCCAAAAACUUUCAUUGUCAAUCAGAGACUUUUCUUUUUGGCGAGCUCCAAAUAUAAGCAUUGAAAAGAAUUCGCAUUCCAUUCAUCGAUUAUUACCCAAACGCACCGGGCCAUCAUCAACACCAAAGGGAGCUUUCCUUUAUUCAACGACCUUCCCUUUCUACUGAGUACCUAUAACAAGGUCCAUAUCCAUAGGGACUCAUUACAAGUCCGUAUUUUAUCUUCAGUUCGCGAGUUUCGAUAAUGUGGACCCCUUAUCAUGCACGUCGACGGCGACCACCAUAUUUCGUCGUACAUGUUUAUUUUGGCAAAGAAGGCACGGGAGGAUUUGAGCAUUCGUGGUCUGAACGUUGGUUUACACACUCAGCAAUUAGCUACAGGUCUUUUGUGGCGAGGUGCACCCGUUCAUUGAUGGCGAAUCACCCAAACACAGUUUUGGAAGAUUUCAGGUUGAUUCUCAAUGUGAGAACGGAAUCAUACGAACAAAUCACCGCAGCCAACAUUCGGGCGGUGAUGAGAGAACUUCAAUCUUGUCAGGAGAGACGCAUGAUAUUCCCCGUUUACCUCAAGAUACGCCCUUCAGUGGAAACAUCAAGUAAUUCAAUUGUCAGUGUUGAAGAGUGUCAAUGAAGACGAAUGAACCAAUCUGCAAUAUUUCCAAAUUGAAUACCAAAUGGAGAUUCUUUUCCUGUCUCUAGAGCUGUGUUCCAAAUUGAGAAGCCACAAGUAUUGUGGAGGCGACUUCCCUCAUCAAGCAGACUUAAACUUUCAAACUUCCUCCUUCUUAUCUUGAAUUAUUGACUUCUGGUCA